GCAGGCACACUCUGCAUGCUUGGCCCGGCUUCCCUCCAUUUCGAAUUUCAAAACCCCCAGCGCCUCCUGCCUGCGCAGUGCCCACCCACCCGCUCCCACUCCAAAGGCUCCAAAGCCAAAGCAGGCGCACGCGCCACGCGCACCUCUGUCUCGUCUCUCGCCCGCUCUCCACUCUUCCUCCCAAAGCCUGCCGCCGCGUGGGGGGUUGCUUGCUUGCUGCCCGCUCCUCUCCCUGCUCCUGUGUCUCUGCCGCCCACCGCUUCCGGGAACAAGUCCGGUUGCCGCCGCCGCCGCUCUGUGCGAGAGGAGGGAGGGACGGAGCGGGAUGGGAGGGUCCGGGAAGUGGGUCAAGUCGCUGAUAGGGCUCAAGAAGCAGCCCGAGAAGGAAGACUGCAAGAUGAGCAACGUUUCCGUGCCUGCCCAGGACAAGCUGCAGCUCCCAUCAGUCCACGGCGGAGGAUUGCGAGGCAAGGGCCGCAGGUGGAAGCUGUGGCGGACCUCCUCCGGCGACCAGGGCUCCAUGUGGCGCGGCUCCAGAGGCGGCAGCCAGCGCUCGGCGGCGUCGGAGGCCUCGGACGACGCGUCCUCGGUGGCCGCCGUCCCCGCCGACCCGUUCACGGCCGCCGUCGCCACCGUCGCCCGCGCCCCGGCCAGGGACUUCAUGGCCGUCCGCCAGGAGUGGGCCGCCAUCCGCGUCCAGACCGCGUUCCGCGGGUUCUUGGUACCCACAUUUCCACCCCCGCGACACAUGACAUGACGUUUCUUGUUUUGUUUGCGCCGGUACUGGACGGAGGAUGCGAGAUUCGUGACGGGUUUUCGCGUCUUUGUUCGUGGUUGCUGAAGGCUCGGCGGGCGCUCCGGGCGCUCAAGGGGCUGGUGCGGCUCCAGGCGAUCGUGCGCGGGCGGCAGGUGCGGAAGCAGGCGGCCGUGACGCUGCGGUGCAUGCAGGCGCUGGUGCGGGUGCAGGCGCGCAUCCGGGCGCGCCGCGUGCGCAUGUCCACCGAGGGCCAGGCCGUGCAGAAGCUGCUCGAGGCGCGCCGCACCCAGAUGGAUAUCCUCAGGGAAGCCGAGGAAGGAUGGUGUGACAGCCAGGGAACACUUGAACAAGUGAGGGUCAAGCUGCAGAAGCGGCAGGAGGGCGCAAUCAAGCGUGAGCGGGCUAUCGCCUAUGCAUAUUCGCAGCAGGCCGACGGUGCUGCCAAAUGCAAUCCACCGAAGCUUACUUCCAAUGGACUGGUGAACCACUCCGGCAUGCUGCUCAAGCACCAGAACUUAGACAAGGGCAACGGCAACUGGAGCUGGCUGGAGAGGUGGAUGGCAGCGCGGCCAUGGGAGAACAGGCUGAUGGAGGAGCACAACUCCAGCUCCCCGGACUUCCGGUCCUCCAAGAACUGCGAGGACUCCUUUGGUGUGCUCGGCGACUUCUCUGAACCGAACUCAGUGAAGGUGCGCAAGAACAAUGUCAGCAAGCGGGUCUGCGCAAAACCUCCAGGGCCAACACACGCCCACGGACAUCAUCAGCGCCUCAAGGCCCAGUCGAUCUCGUCUCUGAGCACUGAGCUGCACAACGACGAGAGCUCCGCGUCCUCCUCGUCUUGCUUUGCGUCUACCCCUAUAUCAUUCACACUUGUGGCUUCGGAGAAGACAGAGGACAGCGUCAGGACGAGACCCAACUACAUGAGCAUGACGGAGUCGAUCAAGGCUAAGCAGAAGGCAUGCAGCGCCCAGAGGACGGUGGCGCUGAAGCAAUGUGAUGAUAGGAAAGCCAUGAGCGCCGAGCUGAAGGUCGCUCAGGUGUGACUGUUUCGUGGAACUCCAUGCAGAGAUAGAUGGAGCCGACUUCGACAUCCUCUCUAUGCUAGGAUGUUUUGCUUGGUGUCUUGCCACAUUCUUGAGUGGCUCGGUGCUGCAUUCCUGAGUUGUCCUCCUGUUGCUGGGUGUCUGAUUGUUCAACUUCUUGUUGUCAGAUUGCAUCUUUGUUCACUCAUUGUGGCUGCAUCUUUGUUCAGCCGUUGUGGCUUUGUCAGUGGUAGAGUCUCUGUAAGAUAGUUCUUUGAGUAGACAACAUUGUGGAUUUCUUUCCUGGGUGUUGAUUUCAGGUCAAAAAAGACAGGAUAAUUUACAACGUCCUGCUUCCCAAGAUAGCUCUUUGAGCAGAAAACAUUGUCGGUACUAUGCU